AAUAGAUUAGGUUAAACUUGCAAGAAACAUGCCACUGCAAGCGCCUCGGUUUGGCCGAGUCGUUAGGUGCCUAGGCAUGCGCCAAGGCGACACAGCUACAUGCCACGGUUUGCAGCCAAACUUUUAGUUGCCCUUUUCGGCUUAUUAGGAUGGCGACUUGUGCCAUUUGCGACCACCCAGCGUUGUUUCGAUGCGGCAAGUGCAAGUCGGAGCGCUAUUGCAGCCGAGAGUGUCAAAGGGACCAUUGGCCCCACCACAAAAAGAGCUGUCCUCAGCUUGCGGCAGCGGCCGCUGCAGCAGCUGCUGCUCGUGCGGCCGAGGCGCAUGACAGCGACACCAGCGGCAAUGCAACCCUAGCCCAGCCACAGCCGGACGCUGCCGGCGGUUCAGGAUCCCCGGGUCCGCCGCCGCAGCCCCCAACACCGCAGCCCCCAUCCCUGCCCCAGCCCCAGCCUCCUGCAGUGGGCCCCGGAGGUGGCGCCCCCAGGCUGCACCCGCGUGCAGGGCGGCUCCUGACGGACCUUGCCGCCACGGCGGCCCCGUCACAGCCACAACCGGGGCAACCGGGCAUGCCAUCGGCAGCCGCAGCCGCGGCCGCGGCCGGGCUACCCGCUAAUGGUGGCAGCGGAGGAGGUGGCGGCAGUAGCAAUGCUGCGGCGGUGGGUAGCUCGCAGCAGGCCCCGCGCCCCUACCCGCAACCACCUCCGCACCCUCCCCCACAGCCUCUGGCGCCCCGGCCGCCCUCAUCCUCACAACCGCCCGCGGCUCAGGGACCUAGGGGCCGGCAGUUCAGGCCCAUGCAAGCGCCGCCGGAGGCCCAUGCAGCGGCGGCAGCCGGACUGCCGUACACCCGCGGAGGCGGCAGCGGGAGCAUCUUGGACCGCAUCAUGCCUGCAGCGGCAUCGCCGCCGCCGCCGGUGCCACCCCAGCCGUCGCCCGCUGUAGGCACUGCCUCCUCCUCGGCUGCCUCCCCCUCUGCCGCCACCACCUUCCUAACCACCGUCGAAGUGGAAACACCUCCGCAGCAGCCCCUCCCCUCAUGGCCCUGGGCCUCCUCCGUCGCCUCCGCCCCCUCCGCUGCCAGCCUCCCCGACCUGCCUUCCGAGCUGCUCCUCCUCGUCCUGCGGGCGCUGCCGCCCAAAACCCUGGCGGCAGCAGCAGCCGUCUGCCGAGCCUGGCGGCGAGCAGCUCGGGAGCCCUGGCUGUGGGUACGGCACUUGUGUGCUGCCGGGUAUGUCGUACCACCCGCCGCCUGGGUUCCUCGCGGGGGCCCACCGCAGCAGUCGGCCGCGAACAGGUGCAAACCUAGCCCAGGGAGCUGUGCGUCGGAAGCAGCAGCGGUAGCAACAGCGGGGCCAGCAGCACCAUGCGGCGGUGUUGUCGAGGGAGGUGCGAGUGAGGUGCAGGAGGGGCAGCAGCAGCAGGGUCCCGGUGCGGUGGCGGUGGCGGGGGUACGGGGCAUCCGAGCCGUACGAGCCGUACGAGCCGCCGUGGGGGGCGGCGGGGGUGCGGGCAGUCAUGAGGACUUCCUGGGCGGCCUGCGUGCGGGCUUCCUGGACCGCCUGCAACACCAACACCAGCAGCAGCAGCAACAACAAGGGCAGCAGCACCCACAGCAGCAGCAGCAGCAGCAGCGCACCCAACACCGCCCUCCUCAGACAGCACCAGCAAAGGCGACAACACCAGCUGCACCCGCAGCAGCACCCGCAGUGGACCUAAAGGGGCUGUUCGCCCGUACGACCGCCGCGGAGGCCAACUGGCGCUCCUGCCGCUACGCGGAGAGCUGUCUACGCGAGCACAGCAGCAAUGUGGAGUGCCUGGCCUUCCAAUCCGUGGAGCCGUGGGGCCCGGUGCUGCUGAGCGCGGCGUGGGACGGCAGCGUGCGGGUGUUUGCGCUGGGGCCGGCGGGGCCGGGACCUGGCGGCGGGCCGCAGCAGGCGCGGUGCGUGCGGCGGUACCUGGGGCACAGCGGGUGGGUGACGUGUAUGGCGGCGGGGCGGCGGCAGGUGGUGACAGCCUCAACCGACCGUCGAGUGGCUGCCUGGCGCUACCAGCUCGAGGACAGCGGCAGCGACCCAUGGGUCACCCUGGAGCACCCGCUGGAGGUCACCCUCGUGCGCUUCUGCUACGCGCCGCCUCCGCCGCCCACCACCCACUACCUCGCACACCACCUCCGCUCCACACCAGAGGCCUGCGGACAACAACAACCACACCAACAACAGUCCCAAAACAGCGGGACAACCGAGGUUGCUCCCCCUCCAACGGGACAUGCCACUAGUAGCAACAAUAACAAUAGUAACAGCAGUGCCGAUUCCCUGCAACAUCAUUCGCAGCAACAGCAAGGAGCGCUCUCAUCCUCCUCCACCUUUGCCGCACAACUUCCACCUUGCAACCACCACCUGCCGUACGACCCAAGCUGGGAGGACUGGGUGGCCACGGGUUGUGUGGACGGUGUGGUGCGGUUGUGGCACCUACCCUCCCGUCAGCUGCUGCGGGUGAUGAGCGGGCACCGGGAUGUGGUGUGGGGCAUGAGCGCCCUGGAGGGAAGCAGCGUGCUGGUCACCUCGGGACGCGACGGAAGCACCAAGAUAUGGCCGCUGCCCUCGUACGGAGAGCUGGCGGCGGAGGUGGCGGCGAAGGCAGCGACGGUGACAGCGACGGUGGCGGCGGCGACGGUGACCGCGGGAGCUAAGUCGCUGGAUGCCAUGGCGACGCUGUGCGGUCACAGCUCUGCAAUUCUGUGCAUGGACACGAUCCGGGCGCCGCCGGGGGUGGUGCCGCCGGCGGCGACGGAACCUGCGUCCACGACAGUGACCUCAACGGCGGCGGCGGGAGCGAUGCAUGGGGCUGCCGCCGGAGCUGGCGGCGGCGGAGGCGGGCGGCCUGAGGAUGCCCCGCCUGCAGCGGUGCACCUGGACAUGCUGUCGGAGCUGAUUCGGCUGCUCAACACGGGCCCCAUCUGCGCACCCGGAGCUGGCUCGGAGCUGGCGGGAGCCGCCGCAACUGCAGUAGCUGGCGCAACGAGCAGUAGCCGUAGCAGCGUUGGCGCCGCCGCAGCGGGAGGCGGUGCAAAGCCUGCCGCCACAUCUGCUGCCGCUGCUGCAGCUGCUGCGGCCAACCCCGCCGCGCUGCCCGUGUGGCUAGUCGCCACCGGAGGUGCCGACGCCGUCGUACGUGUGUGGAAUCUGACGUCAGCCCGCUGCCAGGCGACCUUGCGGGGGCACACCCACGGCGUGCUCUCCGUACGCCUGGGUUACCUCCCGCGCCGCGGCGCCGACUCGCAACGCCACCAGCUUCUCUUGCCGCCCGACCUUGACGUCACGGCGGCGGCUCCGCCGCCCUCACUACCCAACAUGACGCUGCCGCCGGGUCUGUACGGCAGCGACUCUGACCCCACCAGCAGCCAUGCCGCCCACCCCCCCCUCCGCCACCGCCGCCGUCAGGUGAUGCCCCCCACGCAGCGGCUGGUGCUGGUGUCGGGUUCCGUGGGCGAGGUGCGCGUGUGGGACCCUGUGGCCGGCAGCGCGCUGGCGGUGCUGAGCGGCGAUCACAGCGGCCCCGUCACCUCGCUGGCGCUGGUGCAUGGCAUGCUGGUGACGCUGGCUAUGAACGACGGCAUUAUUGUGUACAAGUGCAAUGGUCUCGACGGAUGUGAGGGCGACGGAUGCGAGGGAGAGGGCGGCAGCAGCAAUAGCAACACAGGCGGCAGCAGCAGUAGCACCCCCGGCGGCGACCGGGUGUCCGGGGCUGUUACCGGGGCGCGGAGGUCCUCCAAUGGCGGCAGCGGUGGCGGCGGUGCUGCCAUGCGGUUGCGUCAGGUGGUGGCGGCACACCGACCCGCCUUCGAGCCCGUCAUCUGGCUGCAGGACGGUCCGCACCACUCCUUCGCCGCCGCCCUGGCUGCCCGGCUGGAGGGGCUGGCGGUGGGCAGCGGCAGCGGGGAGGUCACCUACCUGGACUUCAGACCCAGGUAGCCAGCAGCACCACAGGGCGCAGUACAUACUCCAGGACACAGACAUGGUGCCCGCACCCGCAUCCGCUCCUGCUCCCGCACCCGCAGCAACAGCGGCUGCAAUAGCGGAAGCAGGUAGCAGCUGUGCGCGGGUGGUGGUGCUGUGCAGCUGGGCAAUGGAGCAGCUGGGGGGGGAGGCGGCCGCGAGGAGGUGCUGCUGGCUGCUCUCAUGGCUCUUGGCGACAGCAGCAGGUGGUGGUGGUGGUGGUGGUCACGACUAACAAGCAGGGUGGUGGUUGUGAGAUAGCGGCAGCGGCAGCGGCUAUGCCAGCUGCGGGUGAUGAGCAGUGACGGCCGUAACAGCAGGGGGGUGCAAGUGCACCGAUACACUGUUUAGCAGGCUACGAUAGUAGGAGCAGCGGCAGCGGUGGCGGCAGCAGGGCUGCAGGGGCGGGUGGGGAACUGCUGGCAGGAGGGCGGUUGCAGGCCUGCAGGGACUGGGUGAUCGGAUCUAGGUGGUGUGAUCAUUGUGCUAGGGGAGCAGCGGGAAGGGGGAAGGGUUUUGCAGGUAUUAGGCGUGGGCAGCAGCAGCAGCAGCAGGAGCCCUUGGAGGGCAUUUGCUGUUCUGAAACCUUCAAAACAAUGUCCAGGAAACUGGUUACACCACCGCAAGGAGGCCCAGGCCCGCGUGAUCCGCUGGUGUACCGUAUUCCGAAGAGAACUGGCCGCUGGGAAGAGCAUACUGUGAACGUGUGGUGUAUGUGCGUGCUGUUAUCCAUGAUGUCGCCAUCCCCUGCUGCAGGGGGCGUGAUUUGUACGAUUUGGUAUUUACAUUACCGGUGUACUAGUCCUGUGCAUGUGAAGGGGAGUACAGUACGGUGUACAUGAUGUGUUGGGUGUACUGGGCCGCCUGCAGGAGCAAGCAAGAGCGCUGACAACGCGUGGUUCCUUUCCUUGUGCACAGCUGCAUGGACGCCCAGGUGUUUCCCAGGUGCCGUACUUGCUGCAGCAGUGCUUUUGGGCGUGGGCGCUGCCCAAGCGUGCCGUUUGCCGUGUUUCCGGCUAAGCAAUAAGCUGUGUGACAAGGGGGGUUAGCUUCCUCAAAGCUCAAAAAGGGGGGCCUCCUGCUUCAAUACAGGAACAAUACAGGAACGUACGAUGACCAUUGAGAUGUCAGUUGUUGCGAUCCUGUGAUUUCAUGGCACCUGUUGACCUAACACACCGGCCGCCGAACCCCCUCGUUUAGUACAGGUGCAUGUUGCGUGGACGCUGAACCCCCUUGUUUACCGGUAGUAUACGGUAGGUGCAUGUUGCACUUGUUAGUAUAGGUGCAUGUUGCUUCAAGGUGCGGAGUAAUGGCGGGGCGGGG